AUGGUACUUAAUAUUAAAAGUUCUGCAAAAUUAUCAGAAAACCUAACAUCCGUCAUUCCAAAAAUAUUGUCAAAACCCGUACAACUACUCUACAGUGCUUUUGGCAGAGAAACUAAUGGAGUUAAGAAAAUGAAUUUUUCGUUAACUGAAACUUACAAACUGUUAUCAGAAGUGCUUACUAUGAAGUUUCCUGAAACCAAUAAUAAAGAAAUAUCGAGCAUACUAAGUCGUUGGUUUUCGGGUGCUAAAGAUAGAGAAGGCGGAAAAAAGAAAGGAGUUUAA